GCCUACUGUAGGUUAGUAGGCGGCGGGAAAGGCAGAGUGGAGCGGGUUGGUGGCGUUAGGGAUCCGAGAAGUCGGUUUCACCCCCGGGACCUGGCUGAACCAAUCUGAGCUGAGUUGAGCCGCGCCGCGUCGGGGGGAGUUCAGUGGAUUGUUACCAGGAUGCUCCGAAGAAAACCCACUCGCCUGGAGUUGAAGCUCGAUGACAUUGAGGAGUUUGAGAGUAUCCGGAAGGAUCUGGAGACCCGUAAAAAACAAAGGGAAGAGGUAGAUGUGGUGGGAGCCAGUGAUGGGGAAGGAGCUAUUGGCCUGAGCAGUGACCACAAGACCCGAGAACAAAUGAUCAAUGACCGAAUUGGUUAUAAACCUCAGCCCAAGCCCAAUAAUCGUUCAUCUCAGUUUGGAAGCUUUGAGUUUUAGAGUUCAUUGGUAAAUUAUCCUGUGUACCUGUCUUUGUGUGCCUGCAAUGAGGUGAAGGCAAAAGUUAAAAUACUGUUUAGUGCUUGAAGACUACACGAAUAUUUUGCCUUCAUGAAAUCCUCAUGAAACUGGGCUUCUUUAUUCAGAAGAAAUUUGAACUCUAGGUGUCUCAAACAUUUUCAUCUUCCUCUCCAGAGAACUUGUAUUUUGUUUUUAAAAAUAAAAACAACUUUAGAAAA